UAAGAGACUAUUUUCCUAAACGCUAAUUAUGCUUAUUUUGGGCGGUGACAAGAUCCCUUUUUAGAUAUAUACUUGGAUAUAUACAUAGAGAUUUUCAGGAUUUGGAAAUUCUUAUCAAAUAGACAAAUAUUUUAUAUAAAUAAUAAUGGAUUAAUAUGCAUAGUAAAGUGUAUAUAGAAACCAAAUGCAUGAAGCACUUUCCGAAUUAGAUUUUAUCAUGGUAACAGACUUAAAAGAAUUUUGUUGUUCCUUUGCUUUAGUAUUUAAAAUAUCAAACUUGUAGAAUCGUUUUUAAAUUUUUACCAGCUCAAAAUAAAAAUUAUGAGUGAUUGAAUUUUUGGUCUAUGUUUCUUAUCAAAUUUUCUCAAAGCAUUCAAUUUAUUAUUUGUAAUCCAUCUCCAGUUCUUGCAUAUAUAUGUACAGGCUUAGCAGCAGCCAGUGUUGGAAUUUUUGUAGCAUGUGUUGUGGUUAUUUAUAAAAGUAAGAGUUUACGGAAAAUCAUGUUUAAAAAGACAAUGAUUGACUGCAAAGUUGAGGGUUUGAUACAAAGUUAUGGGUUUAUGGUGCAAAAACGAUAUACUUACUCACAGGUAAAAAAGAUGACCAAUUCAUUUUGUGAGGAAUUAGGAAAAGGAGCAUUUGGUGUUGUAUAUAAAGGUAGUUUAAGCGAUAAUCGUCAAGUAGCAGUGAAGAUAUUGAAGGAGUCCAAAGAUAAUGGAAAAGAAUUUAAUGGAGAAGAAUUGAAGGGAGAAGAAUUCAUAAAUGAGGUUGCAAGUAUUAUUGGAACAGCUCAUGUGAAUAUUGUCCCAUUUUUAGGAUUUUGUUACAAGCCAAAUAAAAGAGCUUUGAUUUAUGAAUUUAUGCCAAAUGGUUCUUUAGAUAAAUUUAUUAAUGAAGAGGUGUGUAAGUUGGAUGGGAGCAGACUCUACCAAAUUAUAAUUGGCAUUGCUCGAGGACUAGAAUAUUUACAUUGGAGAUGUAAUACCAAGAUUUUACAUCUUGAUAUUAAACCUCAAAAUAUUCUUUUGGAUGAAGAUUUUGUUCCUAAAAUUGCUGAUUUCGGACUGGCUAAAAUAUGCACAAAGAAAGAGAGUAUUGUAUGUCUACAACGCGUAGGAGGAACUGCAGGAUAUAUUGCACCAGAAGUAUAUAGUCAAAUAUACACUGAAGUUUCUCGAGUUUCUCAUAAAUCUGAUGUGUAUAGUUAUGGAAAGUUGAUUCUUAAAGUAAUGGGAGGAAAAAAGAAUUAUAAUAAUAAUGAUCUACAUACCAGUGAAAUGUAUUUUACAGAUUGGAUUUAUGAAGAGUUGGAGCAAGAUAAUUUUUCAACAAGAUGCUUGACAGACAUAGAUGAUGAGAAUGAUUUGACAAAGAAGAUUAUUUUGAUAAGUAUGUGGUGUAUUCAAAAAAAUCCAUCAGACAGACCUUGCAUGAAAAAGGUGAUAGAAAUGUUAGAAGGACCACUUGAUUCUGUCGCGUUUCCUCCAAAGCCAGAAAAUUAAAAUCUUCAGAUAUAGCUUUAUGUAAUUGUUGUGUAACAUAUUUCUCAUGACACCACUCUUGCAUGGUAUCUCUUUUUCUCAAAUGGUGUUGUUUUGUGGAGCUAUAAGAACUUGUUAGACGUGAGAAAAGUGAAGCUUCCCAUUUGUAAAAUCUGUCACAAACGGAACUCUUUAAUAUAAUGUGAUUUAGUGUGAUUUUACAACGUCGAUUCUCAAAUUUCUUCAUAUAAUACAUAAAAUGAAUAAGAUUACAAUUUUACUCUGUAUACAGGUCAAGUAAACCAUCCCAAAUACUACAUUAGUUUGAGUAUCUAAUGUUGUCUCUGUCAUUGAACACAUUUAUCAUUAUAUUGUAUCUUACAUAUGAAUUUCAA